AUGGAUCCGCUAGAAGCUGAUUCACCUGCGCGACUAUCGGACGCGAUGCUGAAGUUUGUCCUCGAACAUGCUGCUUCUUCAGAGACAGCCGCACGCCUGGGCCAAUUGACUGCUUGGGGCAGACCUACGAUCAAUACACCUCACUACAUUGCUCCCACAUCCAGAGGUGUCAUACCUCACUUGUCGCAUGAUAACCUGCAGAAGCACACAAGGAUAUCCGCGGUCUACGUACCUCUCGAAGAUUUCAUUGAAAAGUCGCAUGAAAAUGCGCCCAUCUACACUACCCCUACACAGGAAGGCGAAACUCCUCUGCGUCGAUAUAUUGGCCUGCCAACCCAGUGCCUGUCUAUUUUUGGCCCGCGAAGAGUUCCCAGCAUAACUCCCCCCGCGCAUAACACGAAUUCUUCCAUUGCAAUCUCGACAUCUGUCGGCUUUAGGUUUCUAGAGCUGGAACAGUACAAUAAUGCUCUGAAGAGACUAAAAGCGGACAUCUCGAUCAGCCUAGCGGAUGUAAUCCAGAGGGAGAAUGCAAGCGUGAAAAGGGUUGAAAGAAGUGCUGACAGGACGCACGCCUGGCUACGAGAUAGCGUUGAGGGCGGAGCGACGCAGAAUUCGUUACCGUUCUUCGCCAGCUUACCUCCGCUCGAACCUCAGACGUUGUCUUUAUAUCUCGGCGACCUGCUUGAUGUGUACAAAGAGCAGAUAUCGGGCUUAUGUCUUUAUUCUCCGUCGACAUUGGCAGGACUGCCAGACGACCUUCGCCAAUUACCGACCCUGUGUCUUAGCGACCCUACAACCCCGCAAGCGUUACUCGCAGGAGUCCAUGCGGGCGUCGACAUGAUGACGGUACCGUUUGUGACGCAGUCAUCAGAGCACGGGAUCGCGCUGUCAUUUUCAUUCCCUGGAUCGAAAAACCAGUCCGACAAGCCUUUAGGGUCCGACCUGUGGUCUACAGCUCAUGCUACAGACCUUUCGCCCUUGAGUCCGGACUGCAAGUGUUACACCUGCCGGCGUCAUCAUCGGGCGUACGUACAUCAUCUCCUUCAAGCCAAUGAAAUGCUAGCUUGGACACUCCUGCAAAUACACAAUUACACGAUCAUCGAUUCGUUCUUCGACAGCAUACGCGAGAGCAUCAAGCAAGGCACCUUCGUGGCGGACAUCGACGCGUUUUGCCGAGCACACGAGCCCGAGCUGCCGAAACAGACCGGUCAAGGACCGAGAGUCAGAGGCUACCAAACGAAAAGCGUUGGUGGUGGAGAAAUGAGAAAGAAUCCAAAAGCUUACGGGAAGCUGGAUGAUCAGAUGCAGAAGCUUGCUGAGGCCGAGUCAGGAGUUGCAACACCCGAUGGCGAUGCCAAUCAGAUCGAGGAACAUGGCCUGGCGAAGAAGAUAGAAUAG